AUGGACAAUGCAAAAAGUGAUGAUACAGCAGGGUCCUCAGAUGCCCGAAUGAACAGAAUAAUACAACAACAGAGGCAACAACCUUUACCACCUCUACCACUGUUGGCUCAAGUUGAAAUAGGCAACAGCGACAUAAUUAACAUGACUCAGAAAUUCAUGAAGAUGAAGCCGCCAACUUUCUUGGGUGGCAUUGAACCACUAAAGGCAGAAACUUGGCUAUUGGAGAUGGAAAAAUUAUUUGAAGUGUUUCCCUGUUCCGAGGUUCAUAAAGUUUUAUUAGCCACCUACACUCUGAAAGAUAAAGCUCGAAAAUGGUGGUUACUAGUUCGGAAUGGUAAUGAGAAUAUGACAUGGGCUCAAUUCAAUACAGUUUUCUAUGACAAGUACUUUCUUCAGUGCUUCCGAGACCGGAAGGUUUCAGAAUUCCAGGAACUCAAACAAGGCAGAAUGUCUGUAGCCAAGUAUGAGGCUAAGUUUACCGAGCUAGCCAGGUUUGCUCCUUACAUGGUGGACACAGACUACAAGAAGGCCCGUAAGUUUGAGGGUGGGCUAGAUUUAGAUAUAUUGGAUCAGGUGGGAGUUCUGAACCUACCCACAUACGUGAAUGUUUUGGAUAGAGCACUGAUGGCAGAAGUCAUUCUGGCAGUGAAGAAACAAACUACAGUACCACCAACUGAAUGGAAAGGCAAAAGGACCGGGUUUAAUUUCAGGAAGGGCCGACCAUUUUUAAAGAAACAAAACACAGGAUCUUCUAGUAGUCCUAGUCAGAGUAGUGGGUCCGUAACAAACUGUCCAGAAUGUGGCAUGAGACAUAGGAGAGUGUGCCAACGUGCAUCUGGUGCUGUUACCAGUGUGGCAAUGAAUACCAGUCACCCCACAGCUAGUUCAGUAGGAUCUGUUUUAGUGGCCAAAUCAAACUUCAGAACUAAUGCCAGGGGCAACAAUGGGAAUGAAGCAUUGAGGCAAGGGAGAGUAUUCGCCUUAGUGCCUGGAGAUGUGCAAAACACUGAAUCAGUAGUGUCAGGGAAAGCUAAUACCGUAGUAGAUGCUUUGAGCCGUAAAUCAAUGGGAAAUUUGUCAUGUCUGCUUACCAGCCAGAGAGAACUGUUAUAUGACUUGGAAAUGAAUGAGAUUGAGAUUGUGAUACAUGAACAGGGCGGAAUACUAGCCGCCAUUUCUGCUCAGCCUGCAGUCAUUGAAUAA